AUGUUGCCCUCGUGGAGUCCCAACAAUGACGCCGACUUUUUUGCUCGGUUUGCUGCUGAUCCUUGGGGGGAAUGUCCCCGGAAGGCUGCUGCUUGUCGACAACGGCGUCGUCAGGAGUUGGUAUCCCUGAUGGAAGAUAAUGGAGUGGGAUCGGCAGAGCACCUUCGAGCUCUCAACCUUGAGCAGUUGGAAGAGAUGUACAAAAUGUCGGGAUCAUAUGACGAGGAACACUUCCAAUAUACGGCCGAUGGCUCUUCGUCCUCGUCCUUUCCAUUUCAUUCCAUUUGGAAAUCAUUGUUGGAAUCAAAAGAAAUCUGGCAAUCCUUCAUGAUGCCAGAGUGCCUCAACCUGUAUCACCCUACAACAUUCACGGCGGAUCAACCACAAGAAGCUGAAGAUGUCAGAUCCAGUGACAGCAGUAUGUUUGAAUCGCCUUGGGGUAGUAAUUUCUAA